AUGACUAACUACUUUAGAUUUAUACCUUUUCUUCUCAUUUUCCAGAUCUUAGCAACGUGCGCUGCUCGACAGCGACUGCAGGUAAUUUGUUUCCUCACUCAAUUUACUUUAGUUCCAACUCGAAAUUCGUUGUUAAUUAUUGGGUUAGAAAGACAAGCAAGUCUAGAUUCAGGCACUCUUUGUGAGGCCGAAUGUGACGGAAAGAUCAUAUAUACAGAUUUAAAUCUUUUACAGGUGUAUAUAGUGUAUCUUGGAGAACAAAGUGGGACAAAAACUUUUCAAGAAAUUGAAGAAUUCUAUCAUUCUUAUCUGAAUUCUGUAAAGGGCUCCAAAGAGGAAGCUAAAAACUGUCUAAUUUAUUGCUACCAGAACGCAAUCAACGGCUUCCCAGCAUUGCUCACUCCAGAAGAAGCUGCCAAGCUAUCGGUACAUGCUUCAAACGCUCAAAUAAUCAUACUUAUUCACUCGACUGCGAAUCAGCCAAAGAAAUUUGUUAGGGGACCAUUUUUCGUGCAACAAAUGGGCGAGCCAGCACCCAAUGAGCCCUUGCGGCUGCACUGUCAACAAUUAGUAAUAUGUGUGUUUAUUUGCUUGUUUCUCGAUUUAGAGAUGGAUGGGGUGAUUACGGUAUUUCAUAGUGACCCAACUAAGACGAGGCUUCACACGACAAGAUCAUGGGAUUUUAUCAACUUACUUGAAGGAACUGGGAAUUUAAGCUCUUCAAAUGCAGAAGAAUUAUUGAGCAAAGCAAAUUAUGGAAAGGAUGUCAUUGUUGGGGUCUUAGACACCGGUAUAUGGCCAGAAUCGGAGAGUUUCAAUGAUCAUGGAAUGGAACCUAUUCCCAAGUCAUGGAAGGGGGAAUGCCAAAGAGGUGUUGGUUUUAAUUCAUCUAACUGUAAUAGAAAGUUAAUCGGAGCUCGUUACUACUUGAAGGGUUACGAGGUUUAUUUUGGUCGCCUCAACGCAAGUUUGGAUUUCCGAUCACCAAGGGACAAAAGUGGUCAUGGAACUCACACUUCAUCAACCAUUGGAGGCCGAAGAGUUACUAAUGUUUCUGCACUCGGCGGAUUUGCUAGUGGAACCGCCAUUGGGGGCGCUCCGCUCGUGCGCCUGGCCAUGUACAAAGUAUGUUGGCCAGUUCCAGGUUACAGCCUGGCAGAAGGCAACACAUGUCUCGAUGAUGACAUUCUUGCUGCCUUUGAUGAUGCCAUCAGGGAUGGUGUUCAAGUAAUCAGUGUUUCAAUGGGUACAUCGACUGGUAGGCCGUACAAAGAAGAUGGAAUUGCAAUCGGGUCAUUGCAUGCAGCUAAACGAGAUAUUGUAGUCGCAUGCAGUGCAGGAAAUUCGGGCCCUUCCUCGUUUUCAGUAUCGAAUGUAGCCCCUUGGAUGAUUACCGUUGGGGCAAGUAGCAUAGAUCGGAUCUUUUCAUCUCCGGUUAUGCUUGGAAAAUAUACUAUAGUCCAGGGACAAUCCAUAACUCCUUUUAAGACUCAGACAUAUCCCAUUGUUUACUCUGGAGACGUCGAAAUCCCUGGCAAGACCAUCAAUACCACGAAAGGACUAUGCCGACCGGGUACUCUUUCAUCAAAACUUGUAAGAGGAAAAGCUGUUUUCUGCCGGAGAGGGGGUAUUUCGGAGUCGUCAGAAGUGCAAAGAGCAGGUGGCGUCGCAACUGUGCUAGGAAAUGUUUUUCAUGAACGAGUAGUAGUGUGCCAGCCCUACUUGAUUCCAUCGACCAUAGUUGCUUCGGCAAUCAGUGUUCACAAUUACAUUAAAUCUAAUCGCGAUCUAAAUGUGACGUUGAUUCAACCGAAGACCAUCGUAGGCGCUGAACCAGCUCCAUUCACGGCACGGUUCACUUCUAGGGGACCGAAUGCUAUCCAACCUAACAUUCUCAAGCCUGAUAUUACUGCCCCGGGACUAAAUAUACUAGCAGCAUGGAGCGAAGCGGCUUCUCCCUUAAACAUGCCUUCUGAUCAUCGAAUCGUUAAAUACCAUAUUGAUUCCGGGACAUCCAUGUCUUGUCCUCACGUUGCAGCCAUUGCUUCACUUCUUAAGGCCGUACAUCCUCGUUGGAGUAGUGCUGCUAUAAGAUCUGCUAUGAUGACCACUGCAAAAAUAACCAACAAUUUGGGCAAGCGAAUAAGAGACACACAAGGAAAUAUUGCAACUCCAUUCGAGUAUGGGGCGGGUCACAUACGUCCAUCAAAAGCUGUUGAUCCCGGACUGGUUUAUGACGCUUCUUACAAUGACUAUCUUUUGUUCCUGUGCAGUAGCACUCAUAAUCUCCUUGAUCCAUCGUUUAGGUGUCCUCGAGUGUUACCUUCACCAAGUAAUCUUAACUAUCCAUCCCUUGCGAUUGCAAAGCUUAGAAAAGUCAUGACGGUCAAGAGAACAGUUACGAAUGUUGGCAUGAGAAACGCUUCAUAUUCAGUGAGAAUAUACCCCCCUCCGGGUUAUUCUGUGAAGAUUUUUCCGACAACUCUACAUUUCAGCACGACCGGGGAAAAGCAUAGCUUCAAUAUUACAGUUAAAGUUAAAAGUACAGCAAAGAAAAAUAAGUUCGCAUUCGGUUCGUAUACUUGGAGGGAUGGGAUUCAUCGAGUAAGAAGCCCCAUUUCAGUAUCCUCAAAAUGA